AUGUCGAUAUUACCUGCACACGAUUCAUCGACUUACAUUAAUUCAGAAUAUUUUACAGUAGAACAAACAAAUGAGUUUAAUUCACUACAAACACAUCAACAGCAAUAUUUGUUCGAAAACAUGAACAAAUGUAGUAAACAGCAAAAAUUAACAACUAAACGAACAGCGAGAAAAGGCAAACGAUCAGAUAAUCCUCAUGCUCCAAAGCGAAUCCGAACAGCCUAUACUAAUAAACAAUUACUUGAAUUGGAAAAAGAAUUUCAUUAUAGUAAAUAUUUAUGUCGACCGCGACGAGUUGAAAUAGCCUCAACACUAUUAUUAAGUGAAAGACAAGUAAAAGUAUGGUUUCAAAACAGACGAAUGAAAUACAAGCGACAAUUGAUGUUGCAAGAUCCAAAAUUGGCAGAAGAAGUUGAAUUAGAAGAACUGAGUAGUGAAGAGGAGGACAACAACAAUGGUGACGAUAAAGAUACUGAUAUUGAAAAUUCAAAAUUAAACGAUGAAGAUGGAAAAAGGAUGUCAAUCAAGCAACAAGAUACAUGUGAAAAGGAAAAAACAUCAUAUGAACCAUCGAAAAAAAGGAAAAAACGAAAUCGAUGUACAUUGAAAAAUUGCAGAAAAGUCGCUCAAACAGAAUGGACAACAGCUGGUGAAGAAAUGAGCAAUUCAACAACAACUAAAGUGAUGGUUGAUACCAAAACAACAUCGAAUGCCAGAUCCAUAAAAAUUUCAUCUGAAGAUCCAGAUGCAUCAUUGAACGGCACCACAGUUAAGGAUGAUGAAGUUAAACAAGAAAGUAUUUCUGAGGAGGGUGUGAACAAUAGUGGAAUAACAAACAACAACGUCCUUAUUCCAUGGACUAAUAAUCCUAGUAAUGAUUUAUAUUUUGAUUGUCCAAAUAACGUAACAUCCAAUAUGAACGUUAGGAUGACAAAUAAUCAGCAACUGCCAUCUUGUAUUUAUUCAAAAUCAUCUACCUCUUCGAAAAAUGCAGAAGGUUUCGUUGAAGAAGUUGUUGCUAGAAGAAGCAGUUGUAUAAAAUUAGAACAAACAUCAGCAGCCAUUUGUCCAAUGGAUAAUAACAGGCAACAGCAAAAUUUAUCUAAUACAUGCUGCGAUUGGUCAACAAAUACAUCCACAUCGUCUUCUUGUAGUUAUUUCAACAAAACUCAUUGUGAUCACGUGAACUGUUUCUGUAACUAUAGCGAUAAUAAUACGACAUUUGUCCCUACAGGCGAUACAUGUCUAAACUCGCAAUAUGUAACGAAUUCGAAUAAUAAUUCUCCAGGCUGGAUGAAUGAAAAUUCUUAUUAUGAUUAUCAGCAACAACCCUAUGUUUUACCUCAAAAAGACUCAUCAUCAUCUUAUCCUCAAUUAUCAAACUCUUAUUAUUCAUCUCAACCUGUCCAACAUAACAUGACCCUAAAUGUGCCUGUAGUAACCAAUUUUCAAUUAAAUGUUAACACCCAUAUACCACCUCAACCGCCACUGACUGUAGCAUAUCCGUCAACAAACAGUAAUGUUUACUCAUCACCAAAGCAUUUACUAUCACCGUACAACAAUUCUGAAACAUUCAAUAAUUUAUAUCAUAAUAAUCAGUCACAUGAACAACAACUAUCGCAUUCUUAUCGUGCUCAAACACAAACAUCAUCAACCUUUGGCCUAAAAAAAUACAAUCAACUAGCUUAUAAUACUAAUCGUCAUGCGCAGAAAACAUUUCAUCGUGAACAACCUUCACAUUUAAGAUCUUGGUCAUCAUCAGUUGACUACAUUUGUCGAGAUGAAAUGUAUCCAAUGAAUACGACUUCUCCUACAUUUGUCGGGAACCGUCAAUCAACCGCCUUGAUAGGAAAUAGUUAUUAUCAAUUAUAA